GGACCCGAUAACUUGAACGGGAGGGCAGAAAAAAAAUUGUGUAGCGACAGUCGAUAUUAAAACAUGCAGAGGGAGACAAGCUUGGGGCCUUCCACUGGUGGAAAAGAUACUGCAGAGAGCUGCAGUCGGAGAUGACUAUUACAUUAGUAUUUUCCCCCAGCCCAUUGAUUUGUGUAUGAAAACAUAGCGCUUUUAUUCUACCCCCUUCUGGGCUCUGCUUUUGAGUGAUCAGCUGAUGAAGAGACUUGCAGCUCGCCGCUAUGCUGGCUUGCUAAUUCUCUCCCCCUCAGCUGCAGCCGAUCCAGACUUCCAGCCUGCAGAUUGCAGUCAGGCUGAGCGGAACGGGGCCUUGAAUGACAUGGAGGAAGACAUCAGCGCCAAGAAACGGAAAAGCCAUCACCACGGAAACAAGACGGCGGAUAUUAGCCAUGAGGCGGGUGAGAAGGUCAAAAGGAAGCGUGGGCGUCCCCCGGCAGAGAAGCUGCCCCCCAACCCCCCCGAACUGACGAAACAACUCCACACGCUGGUCGACAUGGUCAUCAACUACAAGGACGGGUUGGGACGUCAGAUCAGUAAAGGCUUCGUUCAGCUGCCGUCUAAGAAGGAGGUCCCCGAGUACUACGAGCUCAUCCGAAAGCCUGUGGACUUCAGAAGGAUCAGGGAACGAGUGCGUAACCACAAGUACAGGAGCGUGGGCGACCUGGAGAGAGACGUUGUCCUGCUGUGUCAGAAUGCCCAGACCUUCAACCUGGAGGGUUCUCAGAUAUUUGAGGAUUCCAUUGUUCUCAAGUCCGUUUUCGAAAGUGCAAGACAAAGAAUAGUCACUAACGAGGAGGGGGCGGUUGAAGGCACGGCCAUCCGUGUGGAUAAUGGUGGUGGAGAUGCAGAUCAAUUUGUUUCAUCAGCAGAGAGAAAGACACCAAUGCACAAGAAGAGGGGGCUGAAAAUGGAGAAGAGCAAACAAGCCCCAGCCAAGAGGCUCCACAGUGACGAGGACAGCGAGGAAAACCUUGAGGACAAUACCACUAAAGACCAAGGUCGAGCCUGAAUGAGCCUUUUUCUACUUUAGGGCCUAUUUGGUUCUCUGUGUUUUCUCAUUGUGGCCUGUUAUUGAGUUCACUAAUUAUGUAUUUACCGCUUUGUAAAAGGUUAAUUUAUUCUAAAGAAUGGGUCAGGCUAUGAAGAGGGCUUUACACUGAAGUUACCAUGCUUUUCCUUGAGUUUGUGCAGCCUUAAAAAGCAUCUCUUUUUGCAUACGAGGCAAGUUAAUUUUUACCAGGCUUCUAAUGCAAACACUGCAUAUCUAUUGUAUCUACUGCUUCACUAGAUCAUAUUAUUCUUGUUAUUAGUCGUUUUUGUAUAAGAAGGUUUACCUGUGUCUGAAUUGCCCUCAUAUGUCUUGGAGCAUGAUGAUGUAUGGCUUCUGAGACGGACUUCGCCCUCAGAGAGUGGCGCUGGCUGAUGACAUCAUAGACAUAUAUACAUGUCUAUGGAUGACAUCAUAGACAUAUACAGUAUAUGUCUAUGGAUGACAUUGUUCAUGUGUUUGUGUGUGAAGAAUGAGAGCACAUGACUAGGCCUUUGAAAUGACAUGUACAAUGAAUACCGAUGGAUUGUUUUAAAUCUAAAAAAUUGAGAAAAAAAAAACCUGAAUAUUGUCCUAAAAGUUCACCUCUUUAUCAGUACUAAUAAUAACCCUUGCGUUAUGCUUUUCGGAUUUGUGUGUGUCACUUUAACCAAUUGUAUUUUUGUCUUGGCAAGUCCCUGUUCGUAUGCAGGAACUAGAACGAACCACACCAGGGGCCUGCAUUUUGCAAAGUGAAAAGUGAAUUCUUAUGGCUCUGCACCAUCAAAAGAGUCUUGCGAGUGACUUAUAUAAAUGUUGUCAUUUUCUUGUUUAUAUAGUGUCAAACCAAGACAUGUUUCUUCCCUAUCUACUGUAUCUUCGAAAGGCACCGGCAGAAUAUUAGCAGAAUAUUUGAGCAAGUUUCUGCAAAACUAAUUCAGUGUCAUGAGAGAGACAGACGGCAGAGUAUCUAGCCAGCGGCAACACAUUCUGUAACCUGGGGGCAGGGAUAUUUCGAUGUUUCAGAGUUAAGUAAACAAUGCAGACACUGUGUGAAAGAUCUGAAUAUUUGUAACAAAACGCAGUGUCAAAUAGUUAGGGAUGCAGUCAAACAGCUUCUUGUAUGUACCUGGUGCAGCGUCAUGGCAGGACGCUUAACAAUGCAGAAUAGAACAUUGCCCAUGUGGUUAUA